AUGAAACGAGAGGAAGAUUGCGAAUACUGCGUGAAAAUAUUGAACAUGAUUAAAGUGUUCGGGAAACCGAUUCGAGUGAACAAAGCGUCGCAAGAUGGAGGGAAAGGAGGAGGAGAUGUCGGCGUCGGCGCGAACGUGUUCGUGGGGAAUUUAGAUGCGGAAAUCGACGAGAAGAUGUUGUACGAUACGUUUAGCGCGUUCGGGUCGGUGAUUACGGCACCGAAAGUGCAACGAGAUCCGGAGAGUGGAGAGAGCAGAGGGUUUGGAUUCGUGCAGUUUGAUUCGUUCGAAGCGAGCGAUCGCGCGAUUGAAGCCAUGCACGGACAGUUUUUAGCCGGGAAACAGAUUACGGUCGUGUACGCGUAUAAGAAAGAUACGAACGGAGAGAGGCACGGGAGUCAAGCGGAACGGUUGUUAGCGCAAGCUGGGAUGCAGAAUAAUGGCGGGUACGGGGGGAGACAGUUGAGACCGCACGCGAUGUUUUCAGACGGAAGCGCGACCGGAAUGAGCGGGUUCGCCGGGAUGGGCGUCGUCGGAGGCGGAAUGCCGGGCGGCAUGCCGGGAGGGAUGCCGCCUCCACCACCUCCAGGGAUGAUGAUGAUGGGUGGUGGGAUGCCAGGAAUGCCACCACCGCCGCCGCCGCCUGGGAUGAUGAUGGGCAUGAACGCGGCGCCGAUGGCGAUGAUAAAUCAAAUGCACGGAGGGAUGCAUCCGCCGCCGCCGCCGCCGCCGCCGCCUCAGUGA